AUGCCUAUAAAGGGAAAACGAAAAUGUCCUCUGGACAACAAGCGACUUACUGCACAGCAGGUAUUUGACGAUUUAGCAGCAGAAAGACAAAUUCUUUCACUCAAGAUUAAGUGUCCGAACCAAUGUGAUUGGCAGGUAGAACUGAGAAAUGCCAAGAACCACGAAAUGGACUGUCCGAUGACAAUUGUAACCUGCAAUUACCUCAAUAUUGGAUGCAAUUUUAAGGGACCAAGAAAAUUUUUAAGUGAUCAUUACAAAAACAACUUGGUAGAGCAUCUUGCCAUUACGACGAAUCAACUCUUGACCCUAAAAGAUGAAAGCAAACAGCAAUUAGAAGAAGUUACAGCUCAGCUCUUGGAACUCAAAGAUGAAAACAAAGUCAGAUUGGACAUGAUUAAAGCAGGGUUCAUAACUCUUCAAAAUGAAAACGAUAAACAAGUUUCAAGACUCAUGACACUUAACAAUGAAAGCGAAAAACAAGCCAAAGAAGUUAAAGCUAAGCUUUUGGAACUGCAAGAUGACAACAAAGUGAAAUCGGACAUAUUUAAGGCAGAGUUCAAAACACUUCAAAGUAAACACGACAAACAAGUGUCAAGAUUCAUGACGCUUAAAAAUGAAAGCAAAAAGCAAGUAGAAGAACUUACAGCUCAGCUCUUGGAAAUACAAGAUGAAAGCAAAAUGAAAUUGGAAACAAUUUUAACAACACUGUUCACGAUUCAAAACAAAAACGAAAACCAAGUGGCCAGACUUGAAACAGAGAUCGAGAAUCACCAAGAUGAAAGCGAAGAAAACAUCUUCAGACUUCAAACAAAGAUCGAAAAACACCAAAAUGUAAGCAAACAAAACGUCUUCAGAUUUAAC